CUUUAAUCAACAUCUAAUUGGUCAUUAGAGGUACGGAUUAGCUACGAAACGAUGACACAUGGGGGCUUUAAAUCUCCAUUCGGAGUUGCUAAUUGUGAUUAACAAUGGGAGUUAGAUCAAGCAAAUUGAGCAGACUGAUUGGAGGUGGUGGUGGUGGGAGAGUUAAGAGACUUGGAGGAGGACGGCCUCGAUUGGUGACUCCUAGAGGGUAUGUGCCAAUUUGUGUUGGUGUGAAUGAUGACACAAAGCGCUUUAUUGUUCACACAAAAGCACUUGGGGAUGCUGAUUUCUUGGGGCUUCUCUAUAAAUCAGCUGAAGAAUAUGGCUUCUGUAAUCAAGGAGUUCUCAGGAUUCCAUAUGAAGCAAAGGAGUUUGAAGAUUGGAUGAUCCGACGCACAAAUCGAAAGGUUAAAGUUAAACCAUUUUAGAAACUGUGUAUAUAUAUAUAUACAUACAAAUGAUG